GACCGGAGGCCAGCAGGCCCUGUAGGCCUUCGGCUUCGCAGAUCUUCCUGAUGCCAGAGGACCCUCAGUUGGCUUCGAAGUUCGACGGCAGAGCGGUUGCAGCGUCUGAUGACGCCGGAUUUACGGAGCGCAACCCCGAGGCUGUGGUUCAGGCGCAGUCGCCGCAAUUGGCGGCUUGGGAAGUGUUGCCUUUGACCCCAAAGCAGCUGGAGUGUCGUGCCAUCCGAGUAAGCAAUUUGAUUCGUGGCCUGAAAGUUCGGGAGCUUGAAGAGGUUUUCACUUCGCAGGUGGGACCUGUCGAAAAGGUCGUCGUUUCGGAGGGCUUUGCCCAGAUCUCCUUUGGUGCGGCAAAGCACGCGUUUGCGGCUGUGCAGAAAUGCGAUGGCAGUGUGCUGGAAGUUACUGAGAGAGAUGAGAGAGCAGGAGAGAGGAGCCUGACAUUAACACCAAUCCCUUGGCACAGUAGUGGGAAUGCACUCAGGCAAAUGUUUUCAGAUUUCCUGUAUGCUUUGGAUGAGUGCCACUAUCGAAGAGGCGACCGGUGGCUGACCAUCGCCGAGGUGCAAAAGGUGAAGCAAGGAAACAAUACGGUUGAAUUCAAGGGCAGCAUCAUCAAGGUGGUCCUAUACGAUGGCGAGAUGGCGUCAGAGUUGGACGAAGAGUGA